UCCGGUGGUUCACUCAUGCGAGCAGCCAGUUUAAAAGGCUCGUGGAUGACUGUAUUAACAGCACGAGUGAAUGCUUCUGCUGUUUCUGUCUGAAGGAACGUGCUCAGACUGUGCGCGUCGGAGGGUGUGUGAGAACGUGCGGUCAGUGAGCUAACGGCUCGUGAAGGGAUAGUGUACCGUUAUCUGACGGAGCGGAGAAGAUGAGCCGAUUCCCGCUGAAGAGGCUCUACACGGAACUGCCGGUGUGGGUGGUGGAGGACCACCACGAUGUGGUGCGUCAUAUUUAUCGUGCCAUUGCAUCGAGACACCUCCCCCUGCAGAACAUAAAGAUGGUUCAUCUAGACUCCCACCCUGAUCUGCUCAUCCCCGUCAACAUGUCAGCUGACACCGUCUUUGACAAGGAGAAACUCUUCAGUGAGUUGAGUAUAGAGAACUGGAUCAUGCCCAUGGUGUAUGCGGGCCAUGUGUCCUGUGUGGCCUGGCUGCAUCCAUACUGGGCCCAGCAGAUCACAGAGGGGGAGCACAGGAUGGCUGUGGGAAGAGACUCGUCCACCACCACCAUCAGGGUGACCAGCACAGACGACUACUUCCUCAGUGACGGUCUGUAUGUUUCUGAGAAGCAGCUGGAGAACCCCAAAGCUCUGAGGCUGAACGUGGUCAAAGUCAAUCCUGUUAAACAGAGCCAAAGCUCACUGACGGAAGUGCAGAGUGCAGAGGACAUAGACAGAGGUUGUGCUAAGAGAGGACGAACAGAAUGCAGCGCUGGGGGGUCCAGCUGCUCGGAGCCCCCCCUCACAUGUACUGACCCGCUGCGACCUGCAGAGGGCAGCAGCAGGUCGAGCUCCAAUGAAGAUGAUGAGGAAGGAUCCACCAGUUAUGUUGUGAAGAUAAUAUCUUCAUUUCUAAGUGAGACAGAGCCGUAUAUCCUGGACAUUGAUUUGGAUUUCUUCUCAUGUAAGAAUCCCUUCAAGGAGUUAUACACAGAGGAAGAGUACACCAUCCUGAAGGAGCUCUACAGCUUCAAAGGACCGCGCCCCCAUGCUGCUGAGGAGGAGCUGGAUGAGUGUGUGGAUCAGCGUGUCCGUCAGCUGGAGGACCUGGAGGCUGCGUUCGCUGACCUGCUGGAGGAUGAUGGGGCGGACACAGUGACACGCUGGGCCAGGAACCCCGGCAUGGCUUCAUUAACCCGACUGGUUUCCAGUUUAAAGUCCAGAAACCCGUGCCCUGACUAUGAAAUGGUCCAUCAGGCUGGGUUGACCUGUGACUCGGGGGAGCUGCCGCACCACAUCAGCUCCGACGAGGAAAUCGACAGACUCAUCUCCGCCGUGCAGCUGUUUCUCAAGGCUCUGCCCAAACCCACACUGGUCACCAUGUCCAGGUCCAGUCUGGAUGAAUACUGCCCCGUAGAGCAGGUGGACUCGGUGCAGAGCAGAGUACUGGCUGUACUGGAGAACCUGUACGGACCACUGGACUUACACAGAGACUAUGAGAACAGCAGCACAGAGACUCAGGACUGCCAACCACAGGCCUCCUAACACACACACUCACACACACAAACCAGCCUACUGAGACACACACACACACACACACACACACACACACACACACACACUCACACACAAAAACACACACAAACGUUACUUUUGGAUUUAAUGGAUGUACAGUUUGUAAUAGACAAGCACUUGAAAAAAUGACAUGUCAGAUACGGUUGUAAUGAACUUGAAGUAAAUUCAUAUUUUAUGUCCAAAAGCUGGUACAUGUUCUGAGA